AUGAACCGCUUGACAUGCCGCUCCAGCUUGACGGGUCCCACCGGAAAACGUCGACACGAAUAUUCCAAAGCACACGACAGCUUGACAGGGUCGCACGGCCGGAAUAUCGAGGAAGGACAGACGUUGAUGCCGCUGUCACGCAGAGAUAUACGUGUAGGACGGCCUUCGCGUGUCGAGAAUGGUGUCCGCUCACCCAUCGUAUUCCCGUACACCGGGAUGGACGGAGACGAGAUGGUGGUUGCCAACAUUGCCUUCAUGACCACUCCUCGUAAUCGAAACGCGAUGCGCUGGAUGAAUGCCCAGUUUUUCGUGAUUGCUUACUGGAAACCUCCGGCCACUGGGCGCAUCACGAUGAUCCGCCUGAUGCUGGGCCAGGGCCAGUGCUAUCCAUCGGAGGCCGCUUCAUCGUCAUCACUAGGCCGGAAGAAGGAUGAGACGUGGCACACGGGCGUCUUUGGGGAGAGCAUCGAGGCAGCCUGGCAGCUGGGGGCGUAA